ACAGGCCAAGGCACAGGGCAGGCAAACCGGCCAACAUGGGGAAGAUUAUCUUCUAUGAGGACAAGAACUUCUCUGGCCGCCAUUUUGAGUGCAGCAAUGACUGCGCGGACCUGAUGUGCCGCCUCAACUGCUGCAACUCCAUCAAGGUGGAGAGCGGCAGCUUCAUGAUCUAUGAAAAACCCAACUACACUGGAAACCAGUACUACCUGAGGAGAGGGGAGUAUCCUGACUUCCAUCACUGGCUGAGUGCCAACGACUCUGUCAGCUCCUGCCACCUCAUCCCAACGGAGCCUGGGCCGUUCAGCGUGCGCCUGUAUGAGCGGAUCGAGUUCGGAGGUCAGAUGAUGGACCUGGUGGACGACUGUCCCAGCAUCAUGGACCGCUUCCACAUAAACGACAUCUUCUCCUGCAACGUGACUGACGGCAACUGGCUCUUCUACGAGCACCCAAACUACCGGGGCAGGAUGUACCUGAUAAGGCCCAGAGAGUACAAGAGGUUCAGUGAGUGGGGUGGCAGGAGCGCCAGGGUCGGCUCCAUCAGGCGCAUCAUGGACUAUUGAUCUGGUUUGGAGGAUCCCAGGGCUGCAUGGAGGUUUUGGAAAGACUUCAUGCUCAGAUAAUAGACUAUAGAAAGUACUAAAUAAUGUGCGUGAUGUUCAGUAUAUUGUUAAUAUACAAAAUCUUAUUGUCCUGAAAAACUUUAGAAAUAUUAAUCGGAAUACGAAUGGUUGAUUCCCUGAUAUUAGAAUGGACUCAGAAAAGGGACUCCAUACAUAAAGAGCACAAACAACAACAACAUGUUUUUGGACCUGUUCUUGAUCAAACACUCACUAUUGUAAUAAAGCAGUUGCAAAAUGGA